CCAGUAAUAUAAAACCAUCCACAGGUCGGCGCAAUAAGGAAGACUCCAUACUGGGGAACUCAAUUAACAGACGGACUUUUCAGGAGACAUUACGCUUUUAAGGUAAUCGCCCCAAGUCAACUGCCAUGUCCGACGCCGAGCAGCAGUUUAUGGAGACAUCGGAAAACGGCCACGAAGGCGACGAGGACUUCAAUGGAGCCGAGACCUACGAGGAGAACGACGAGGCGCAGGCCGAGGAGGAGGCAGAAGCCGGCGACGACAAAGCGGCCGAAGAUGAGGACAGCGCUCAAAAUGGAGCUUCCGAAGGCUUGCAGAUAGAAGCAAGCAAAGGCGAAGAAGACGCCGGGAAAAUGUUUGUUGGGGGACUUAGCUGGGAUACUAGUAAAAAGGAUCUCAAAGAUUACUUCUCUAAAUUUGGUGAGGUGACGGACUGCACCAUUAAAAUGGACCCAAACACUGGAAGAUCAAGAGGAUUUGGGUUCAUUCUGUUUAAAGAUGCAGCAAGUGUAGAAAAAGUACUUGCACAAAAGGAGCACAGGCUUGAUGGACGUCAGAUUGACCCAAAGAAGGCUAUGGCAAUGAAGAAGGAGCCAGUCAAGAAAAUAUUUGUUGGUGGUCUGAACCCAGAAACAACAGAAGAAAAGAUCCGGGAGUACUUUGGUGCCUUUGGAGAGAUUGAGACUAUUGAGCUUCCAAUGGAUCCGAAGACCAAUAAAAGGAGAGGGUUUGUCUUCAUCACAUUUAAAGAAGAGGAACCAGUCAAAAAAGUCCUUGAGAAGAAAUACCACAAUGUCAGUGGAACCAAAGACUCAAAUGGAAAAGAAGGACUUUGUGAGAUCAAGAUUGCCCAACCUAAGGAGGUGUACCAGCAGCAGCAGUAUGGAGGUCGCUAUGGUGGCAGAAGCAGGGGCCGUGGCGGCCAGGGUCAUAACUGGAACCAAGGCAAUAACUACUGGAAUCAGGGCUAUGGAAACCAAGGCUAUGGCUACGGUGGGCAGCAGGGCUAUGGUGGAUAUGGUGGCUAUGGAAACUACGACUAUUCAGCAGGCUAUUAUGGCUAUGGCAGCAGCUAUGACUACACAGACCAGGGCAACACAAGCUAUGGGAAAACUCCAAGACGCGGUGGUCACCAGAGUAGCUACAAACCAUACUGACCAAGUGUAGUGCAGGUUGUAAGACUGCUGACCAGGAACCAGUGAACUGGUCCCGGUGAACAUGGCGGUUCAGUCUUUUACUUUUGGAUCUUGGCAGAAUCUGGAGUUCUGCUCCAUUUUGUACAGACAACAAAUAAGGAACUGGGGGAAGCAAACAUCACUUCACUUUUUAUUUUAUACUUUUUUUUUUUCUCCAUUUUUACAUUUCCAGAGAUGGAAGUGUUAUUUUUUUACUGUACUUUUUGGUACCUUUUGAAAUCUAAUGUAUUGUAUGGUUGUAUUUUACAUCUUGGCUGUAUUUCCCACACCUAGCCUUGGAGCUGUCAAGAAACUUUUUUUUCUUUUCUUUUCUUUUCUUUUUUUAAAAAAAAAACAACAUUUUUUUAUGUGUUUCUGUACCUGGUUACUUUCCUCAUGUGCUCUGUGUUGCAAAGAUGCAUGGCUCAAAAUCUGGGGUGAACUGAAAAGGGAUAGACGAAGAUUAUAAGAUGCUUGUCCUGUUUAAUCUACAGGCCACAAGCUGUUUAGGUGACCAUUUCUUGUCUCUUUCUUGUGUCCUUAUGUUUUGCUUUUAAAGAGAGAUCCCUUCCUGCCUUGUUAGUUAAUUUAAAAAGUGGCUUUAAUAGUGCUAAAAUUAUACCUCAAAGCAUACACCUGUAACUGUAAGAGGACUCUUCCUCACUCACUGGAGUCUCAUAUCUCCAGUGUCUUGGAUAAAUUUGGUGGAAAUAAACUUGGUUUUUAAGAUGUC